UAUAUGCAUCAAAAUUAUCAAGCAAAUACCCUUUUCCUCUGGCUCCAUCACCAACAAUGGUGGAUGACCAUCAGAAGCGGAUAGCCAUAAUCGGAGCAGGAAUCAGCGGUCUCCUAGCAUGCAAAUACGCCCUCUCAAAGGGCUUCCAGCCCACAGUCUUCGAAGCCCGAAGCAGCAUCGGCGGAGUGUGGAGAAAAACUCUGUCCACCACCAGGCUCCAAUCUCCGAAAUCAGUCUACCAAUUCUCCGACUUCCCCUGGCCGGAUUCCGUCACCGCCGAAUUCCCAUCUCAGGGUGAGGUCCUCAGUUACAUCCAAGCCUACGCCGCCCACUUCGGCCUGACGAAGCACAUCAAGUUCAACACCAAAGUUCUCAGCAUCAACUACAGGGGAGCGGCAGAGGAUGAGAAGGCAGGGGGCGACAUUUCGGGCUCCGGCGGGAAAUGGGAGGUGGAAUUCUCCAGUGGGACAGAAUCGUCGGCAGGGAGUGAAGUUUUCGAAGCUGAUUUUGUUGUACUGUGCGUGGGGAAGUACAGCGGCGUGCCGAAUAUCCCUGAAUUCGCUCCUGGAAAGGGACCUGAGGCGUUUCAGGGGAGAGUGAUUCAUUCCAUGGAGUACACCGAUCUAAAGCCAGAGCAAUGUAAAGAUCUGGUGGAAGGGAAGAGAGUCGCUGUUGUUGGGUUUCAGAAACAUGCUCUGGAUAUCGCCAUGGAGUGCUCUGCAAUCAACGGGAAGGAGAAUCCUUGCAAAUUACUAUACAGAACAGAGCACUGGAACGUCCCUGAUUACUUGCCGUGGGGGAUCCCUCUGACGAAACUCUAUUUCACUCGCUUUGCGGAGCUAUUAGUACACAAACCUGGGGAAGGCCUCUUGCUCAGCUUUCUGGCAACAGUUCUCUCCCCAAUUAGAUGGGCGAUGUCCAAAUUCUUGGAGACCGACAUCAAGCACAAGCAUCGAUUGGCGAAAUACGGGAUGGUACCAAAACAGAGCUUUCUUCAGGAACUAAGUACGUGCUUGAUCUCGACGGUCCCUGAGAAAUUCUACGUCCGCGUGGAAGAAGGGAGCAUCGAGUUGAAGAAAGCUCCCAGUUUUAAUUUCUGUCAGGAAGGGAUCGAAAUCGAUCAAAUUCAACAGCCUGUGUUGGAGGCCGAUGUGGUGAUAUUCGCCACCGGAUUCAGAGGCGAAAAAAAGCUGCAGGAUAUCUUUCGGUCGAAACAUUUUGGGGAAAUCAUCGUCGGCUCUCCGAACGCCGUCGUACCUCUCUACAGGGAAUGCAUUCCUCCGAGGAUCCCACAGCUGGCGGUGCUAGGGUUCUCGGAGAGCAUCUCGAACUUGUUCUCGUCGGAGAUAAGGAGCCGGUGGCUGGCGGAGCUUCUCGACGGGAAGUUUAAGCUGCCGGCGAUCAAGGAGAUGGAAGAGGAGGCGGUGAAGUGGGACGAGUACUUCAAGAGAUGGCGGGGAGUUCUACCGGCGGUCCUGCGUUGGCGCGCUGCAUAUAUGGCACAACGACCAGCUGUGCAGGGAUAUGGGCUGGAAGCCCAAGAGAAAGAAUGGGCUUUGGGCCGAACUGUUCGAGCCUUAUGGCCCAAUGGACUACGUCUGCUCUUGAUCAGGAUUCAGGACAUUUUAUGUGUAAAUUAUUAAUUACAUAAUAAUUCGGCCUUUGCUAUUCUCUAAAGCUGGUGAUUAAAAGAGUUCAAAGUUUUAGUCACUAAAGAGUUGUGGGAUCAAACAAACAUUCUCAAUGAACACUUGAAAGAAGGAAAAUUUUACAAUGAGAGAAGGAAAUCCAACAAACCUGCCUUGGUAGGGUUAAUUAAUUAUCAAGCUCGGGCGAAACCAAGGUCUCCAUGUAGACAUGCGCGACAUAUUUAGACUUCCCUUUCGAUGUAAGAAAUCUGACAGUGUUACGAUUAACAUCCUAUAUCAUAUGUCGAUUCUGGGCAGAAUCAAGGUCCAUGUAAAUA